AUGGAUCUAGUGCCUUUUUCAAUAUCAUUGUAUGUUUCUGUAUCCUAUAUUGCAGCGAUACACCUGUGGUCUGGAAACAUUCGAGCCUACAAGAUUCGUCGAGAUGACCCUAGAGUGAUCAAGUCUAGGCUUCGACGUGUCAGCUGUAUCUCGCUAGUGAAUUUGGUCUUGGUGCCAUGGCUGAUCUCGAAUUUCAGCACCACGCCUUUCAAAAAAGUGUUUUUUUCUUUGGGCUUGCUGCCUGGUCGGUAUGUCGACGGAGAUCUUGGGCUCGUGUUGGCCUUGCAAGUCUAUUUGAGCGACAUUUUGCGAGCACUAAAGCUUGCCUGCAUUUUGUACUGCGGCCCAUUGCUGGACAAUUCCCUAUACUAUUUGCUGGUGCCCGGUGAAGGCUUCAAAUCGCUUGUGCAAGACCUCAAGAACGAAACGCUGAGCAUUUGGGGGUUUCGCAACUACGUUUUCGGUCCUUUAACCGAGGAGCUAUUUUUCACCUCCAUGGUGACCAAUUGUAUGCUUUUGACGCAACCCGGGUCUGCUACGCUGACAUCGCUACUCUGGAUCUCACCACUUUUUUUCGGUCUCGCACACGUCCACCACGGCUGGGAAAUGCACUCAACGGGCCUAUACGGACUCCCGCAAAUUAUGGCAACAGUCUUGCUGCAAUUCACAUACACCACGAUUUUCGGAGCCUUUACAAAUUUCGUUUUCAUGAGAACUGGACGCAAUUUCUGGUGCUGCGUUUUUCUACACACAUUUGCGAACUACAUGGGAUUGCCACAAGGCUCUGAAUUGGCAGUCUGGCUCGAUUCCAACUACAGAUCAACCUCGCUGCGUUCGUUUUUGGGAUCCAUUUUCAAAUACGCCUACGUCGCCCUACUUGUUUUGGGGCUUAUAGGCUUCAAAGACAAUCUCUACACUCUCACGGGCAGCAAAUACGCAAUUGAGCUCUAA